CUGUUCGUUGUAUGCCCAAGAUAAUGCCACGCCGUAGAAGUUGUGCGUCUUACAAUUCCAGAGAUGUAGACAAUACUGGUGUGAAAGUCGUCUUGAGUGCGCAUCACUUAGACCUUACGCAUGAGUCAAAUUUUCAGACACUCGCUCCAAGUAGUUGGGUAGAGGAGAAGACAGCGGAACGCAGGAGCGAGUGUGACCCGUGCACAAUCGUGGAACUCCGGUUAGGACCAGGACUCCGGUAUAUCGAACCGGACCAGAGCGCCAUAGAAAGAGCGCAGAGGCGUCGCCGCAUGGCAGCCAACGCCCGGGAGAGGAGGAGGAUGCUGGGUUUGAACGUCGCCUUCGACCGCCUACGGAGCGUCAUACCCAACCUGGAGAGCGACAAAAAGCUAUCAAAGUCAGAGACACUUCAGAUGGCGCAGAUCUACAUAUCCACUCUCAGCGAGUUGUUACAGGACAAUUCCUGUGUUACGGAGAUCAGCACCGAUCAGGACCAGACCAGGCCGGACCAGGUGAACACAGGAUCACUAGAACCCCCCCCGGUGAACUCUACAGAGCAGGGAUCGAACAACGACCUGCCUGACCCGGACUCAAAUGGUCAGCUAGGUAUUGGCAAAGACAAUCGAUGCUUGAUUCGCACGCAUUGUGAUGACGAGAAAAGAGGUUUUAUGAACUUCUGGGAGAGGACGAAUGGGGCAAAGUAAAAAAGAAAAGUUAUCAGCAACUAUUUUUAUAGUUUUAUCUUCUAUUUUAUCUACAGUAUGUAGACCUGAGUUGGUCUGAUGACUUGGCUAAAGUAUUUUCUUUACUUUUUGUACUAUUAAUGGUAAUUUAAAGGAUGUUUACACAAGUUCUUAUUUUAGGAACUACGCUGAGAUCAAAAUAAAGCAAAUUAAGAAAGAAAAAAAAAGGUACUGAA